GUUUACAACUGUCCGUCUUUGCCUCUCUUUGUUUUUAUCGCGAAUGAUAGACAAAGAUGGAAUUAUUUCUUUUAACACGUUGAACUAUCAACAGUCUGUCAUCAUCUGUCAUUCGUCAAACUGCAAAACUUAACCAUAUUCUAUCUUUCAAAAGCUUUCCAAAGAUUUCCUCGUUACUUAGUUUAUUUGUAGGUUAUAUAAUCAUUUUCGAAUUGGUAAGAAGAAACAAGUUGUCAAAAUGCUCCGCAAUUAUGAGGGCGUUAGAUUUCUCCCGGACAAACAAAUGGUGAUUUUUGACAUCGGAAGGGCGUAUACAAAAUUUGGUUAUGCGGGCGAGACUACACCGCGCGGUAUUAUAAGGACGGAGGUCGUAUGUCCAGAGACCAAAGAGCUACGAAAAAUCUAUGAUUACAAAGAUACAGAAGAUUUGUAUCAGUUGCUCGUUGAGUUUCUUCAAUCUUUAUUUUUCAGACACACUCUGAUGAGUCCAAAGGAUGCUAGAGUCGUGGUCUUGGAAUCGCCGCUAACUCCGUCAGAAUUUAGGGAUACGCUAGCCAAAUUGUUGUUUCGACAUUUUGAAAUCAGAUCUCUAAUGUUAUUAUCUGUUCAUUUAGCGACAAUUAGUACAUUGGGUACCAGCACUGCUUUAGUUUUAGAUGUCGGAUAUACGGAAGCUACGUUGAUUCCAAUUUACGAAGGUGUACCAAUUUUAAAAGCAUGGCAGGCUCUUCCUUUGGGUGGUAAAAUUGUGCACGAAUAUUUGAUGAAGUCUUUAAAAGAAGUUGCUCCUAACGCGGAUAUAACGGAAAAACUUGCGGAAGAUAUAAAAGUGAGAACAUGUUUUGUCACGACAUUGGAAAGAUCUGCUAAAUUAGGAACGGCGAAUGCUCCUGCUCCUCCUCCCUCGGUCGUGUAUCCUGGAGUAAAAAAUAUUACUAUACCUGGUGAAAUUAGAGAAAACGCAUUUGAAGCGUUAUGGGAAAGAGACAGAGAUAAUCUUAGUAUACCUACGAUGAUUCUGGAUGCUAUAAUUAAGUGUCCGAUAGAUACUAGACGUACUUUAGCUGAAAAUAUAAUGUUAAUCGGUGGAACGACAAUGACAAAAGGUUUUGCUAGUCGUCUUAAAUCCGAACUUUUGACUUUAGUAAACAGUAAUUAUUAUGCCGAUAAAUUAAAAAUUAAGACGUUCAAGUUUCAUACCGCACCCAGUAAGCCAAAUUACACGGCCUGGUUAGGAGGUGCUAUUUUCGGAACUAUAGAUUUACCAUCGAGAUGUGUAACAAAAGAAAAUUAUCUAAAAUCUAACAGAGUCCCCGAUUGGACUAAUUUAAUAGAUAACCAGAGAGACGAUCCGUAAUUUGCGAAAUGUAAAACAUUGCCUAAUUAAACAAAUUAAUACAAUUUUUAUAAUGGAA